GCAAGAACGAGAACGAGGACGAAAACGGCAGCCGGCGUACGAGGACCGAUAGCAGUCACAGGGGCAACGGGUGUACGGACCCACUAGCAUUGGCGGCAAAGAACAUCUUUGGAUACGGCUUGGUGCUGAGUGUACACUCAAAUCUUGAAGUCUUAUCGCACUAUUCCAUUGGAUUCCCAAGUGUGCGGUUGGACAACUGUGCGAGCUCAGUACUCUUUAACGAUCCAUCAUGGCAGCCCCGCUUUCCAGCAUUGAGACUGCCCAUGAGGACAUGAUCCAUGACGCUCAAAUGGACUUUUAUGGCAAGCGACUUGCAACUUGCUCGUCGGAUCACACUGUGCGCAUCUUCCUUGUGGAGGACAACGACCACAAACUCAUCCAAACGCUCCGCGUGCACGAGGGGCCCGUCUGGCAAGUGGCGUGGGCCCACCCCAAGUUUGGCAACUACCUUGCCACCUGCGGUUACGACCGCCGUGUUGUCAUCUGGAAGGAAGGCACCACUGGCUGGGAAAACACAUUUGAGUAUCGUGAACAUGACUCUUCCGUCAAUACCAUUGCUUGGGCACCAUACGAGUAUGGGCAAAUGACGCUUGCCUGCGGAUCUUCGGACGGCGACAUUUCCAUCCUGCACUACCAAGAGUCAGAUGGUUCGUGGCAAGCAAAUCGCAUUCAGCAGGCGCAUGCCACGGGGGUGACCUGUCUCAGCUGGGCCCCAGCCAUUGGACCUGGUUCAGCCCUGCAGCCCGUGGAGGAGACCACUCCCACCUUGAAGCUGGUCAGUGGUGGUUGCGACAACAGCCUCAAAAUCUGGACACACACAGAGUCGGGCUGGUCUGCCGGCGUGGCCCUGACUCCGGCAACGCAUAAAGAGCGCAUUCGGGAUGUGGCCUGGGCACCCUCGCUGGGUCUGAGCUGCAACAUCAUUGCCAGCUGCUCUCAGGAUGGCAAGGUCGUCCUCUGGACCCAGCAAACCCCAAACAGCGCUUGGGAGCCCAAGGUGCUGGAGGAGUACGAUGUCCCCGUGUGGCGUGUGAGUUGGUCCAUGACGGGCAAUGUCCUGGCUGUGAGUUCUGCGGACAACAAGGUUGUUUUGUACAAGAGCCGGCUUGACGGUACCUGGCACAAGGUCAGCACGAUCAACGAGCCCUCUGCAUAGACGCUUGACGUCAAGGCGGCUGCACUCUUUCUCCUGUCACCGAAAGCAAAGCAAACACGUUCACAAGCGUGGAAUGCACGCCCAUUGCUUGGGCUUGAUGCACUCCAGGCGGUGCGUGGCAUUCGCUAGCACCACCGUUAUUGUCACGCCGCCAGUUUGAUUCCGCAAAAUUUGAAAGUUCAAUUUAUGUUCUCCUUUGGGGGAGGAACAAUUCACGU